AUGGCCACCUUUGCCCCAAUACCUUAUAAAUAUGUGCCAACUGCCUCGCGUCCUCGGGGCGCGAACGCUCGCCGCAAACCUAUCCCAGAGCAAUCCAGUAUCCUCAACGACCACUCUCCCGCCAAGCAGAAGGGAGUCGCACUCGACGCUCCAUGGCCAGCAGUAGGCGCAGCAACUGAUGAGAAUGGCAGCGGCAUGCCCGGAUAUCAAGUUGAGAGUAGCAAUGCAUACUUCGGUAACAGUGGCGAUUAUGGCGACGACUACCUCCCCACAAUCGAGGAGCUUUUGCACACCAAACUACAGAAGGCGGGCUUUGGCCUGGGGGAACCAGGUAAAGAACACAUCCGAGGAGCUGUGGAAGAAUGUUUGGCGAAGGUCAGGUCCAUCGACCAGGACACGUCAGUAUCGAGCGUCAGUUCUAGUGGUGACCAAGGCAAUCCAAUUGAACUGCAAGAUGUCGAAUUUUGUGCCUCUGAGGACGAAAUUGACUGGGGAAAUGUAAGCGGGGACCAGGAGAAUUUUAGUCGCACUGAAACUGUGCUCAAUCCGAUCCUAACGCCUACUUCCGAUCCUGACCAAGAAUCCUCGAUGUUGGAUUCUAUGCGCCCCUCGAGCGAGCCAUUGCAAAGCUGCAUCAACACAGAAGACCCUUUUAUGGUUUGUGCUGAGUCCGAGACAACAAAGUCUCUCUCCACGCGUCAUUGCGACCAGUCUCCACGCCGGCCUAGAUUGUCACAACAAGGCCGAAUCAGUCAGGCAGAUUGUGCCUAUCGCAGGCAAGCUAAGCCUGAAUUCGAUAAUAAUACCUCUGAGGAGAUGCUUCCGCAGCAGCAAGACGAAGAAGAGAAUAUCAAUAGCAAUGGCAAUGGACUACAACAGUCAGACGAAAAUACGGCGAGGGUAGCGCCAAUAACUGAAAUGGGCGACGAACUCCAUCUCCCCGCGAGUGUGAUUAGAAGGACCAGCUUAGCCAAGCGCCACAGGAUCCUCACCCCCUGCAGUCUAUCCAUGGAGCCAAGCCUAGAACAAGCGACAAGCAACAGCGACAAUUACAGCGAUGACGAGCUCAGUACCACCGAAGCUGAGUCAGACGAGAGCGACCGGAGGCGAUGCCCUACUAAGCGGAAGCGGCCAUUCUCAUCUUACAUUAGCCCAACGCAACGGAAGCGUGGGCAGCAUCUUCAGCUUGGAUCUACCCAGCAGAGAAAAAAUUGCUUCCCGCAGAGGCACCCAGUCUGCAACGGUGACAGCCAACUACCCUCGUCACCCCAUUCUUCUCUGGACCGCGGCGCCCUCAGCGAAUCAUCCAAACAUACCCGGCCACUACUCACUGAGGUCACAUUCCGUCCCUAUUCUCCGGAUUACUAUUCCUUUUCGGCGCUCAUUCAGGACGAUCGUGACGAGCCGGAAUUCACUUUCGGCCAAUUCUCUAAACUCAUCGAGUGCGUUGGUCAUGCCGGGAAUACCAAGGACCUCACGAUAAAGCAGCUAAAGCAACAUUUGUUCUUGGUGACUGGUUUUAGCCGGCGUACGUCUUCCUGCCCUUCUCAAAGUGGGAGGACUGUAAGGUCUACUACAAACGCAUACCUCGUCCCGCUAAGUGCAAGGCGUACCCGGGCAGACAAAGGCCGUAGCGCGAGCACUUUUCCAUCACAGCGGCGAGAGGCGUCAAGCCGCAUCGUUGACUAUAGUUUUGGCGACGGUUCGAGCGAGGAUGAACUGGGACGUUCGGACAAGAGAAAGUAUAGUCAAUGGUCAGCGUCAAGCAGGUCCGAUGUCGAUGGUUUUGGCGACGGUGAUCCUAAUACCGGUAGCGAUGGUGAUGCAUAUUCGAGCGAGGAUAAUGUGGGCCGUUCGGACGAUAGGAAAUACAGUGAAUGGUCACCGCUUGACAAGCAGCGCUUAUCAGUGUACAAGAAGGAGGGCAAGUCUUGGGAGUGGAUCUUCAGCAAGUUCCCGGGCAGGACUAAGGGCGCAGUACGCACGCGCUGGAGCACAUUGCAGCCGAGGGUAAAAUAG